AUGUUGGUGCAGGUUCGCGUUAUGGUCGCUCGGGUGUGUCUACGAAUAAUUCGAUUUUUGCCAUCCGCAAUUCAAUACCUCAAUCAGAUUGCUUCGCAAAUUAUUGCUCAGCAAUUACCUCGGAUCCGUAUCCCCAAUGUUGUACAUCGUCUAGCAAACGAUCAAGAGAAAGAGGUGAAGGAAGUGCCCUAUUUUUUCAGAUUCUUGGGUGAUUUAUCAGGUGAAUUGCGAAUUUUGCUGCCGUUAGCGUUGGAAGGUCAAGCUGAAGUUCAAGCUCAAGGAGUGGACUUUCGUUUGGAGAGCGCGUUGGAGAGAUGGACGAAUGGAUCCGCACACUUGAGGACAAUUUCGUGCCAAACCACAAUCAAAGCACUCGACGUCGAAAAUUAUAACGGAGGGCUAACGGGUGUUGCGUUGAACAUUUUCAAAACAGCGACAUCGAACCUUAUUCGUCCCAUAAUUCAAGCAGAGGUUUGUCGCAAAGUGAGAAAAUUCAUCGAUGAAACACUCAAUGAGAAACUGGCCGAAACACAAACGAAAUCUUCGUUUGCAAGAAGAAAUUACGAGAAGUCUUCUCGUAGCUAUAUGGAUGAAUCCGAUGAUGAGUUUCAAGUCGUGAACAAUCUCGAAGAGAACUCGCACAUAUCAAAUUAUUUAUUCAGUGAGCAACUUGCCAAGCAGACGUUCAUUGACUUCAGAUUGACCGAAGAUCCGGUUUGUUAUACGAAUACGAUAGAAUUGGCGAAUCUGGGUAAUGUUUCAAUAGGAAACGAGACAAGUGAAACGCCAUUCGGUAUACCCUCAUUGAGAUGGCCUUCAUUGGCUAAUCGAAACGAUUCAAUGGUCGACUUGAUUAUUUCUGAUUACGUACCAAAUGCUCUACUUUACCACGCUUACAAAAAAACCACUGAAAGUGACAUGACUCAUAAAAGCAUUGUAUUGAAUGUGAUAGAAACGAAUUUAUUGAAACGUCAACGGUUUGGUGGUUGUUGCAGUGAACGAUUGCUGAAUUUUAAAAUUGAUGAAAGCAAUUCACCAUCGAUGAGUAGUUUCCUACGAACGAAGUGUUCGUCAGGAUCAGUGUGUUUGGCAGACAUGUUACCUCAGCUCACUGAUCGUUAUCCAAACAAUAAACUGGAACUUCUCAUUGCAGCCAUCAAUCCACCUAGCAUUGUAUUCUCGUCAGACAACGACGGUAGCACAAUUUUCUCUCGGCCUUAUCAAUGCCCUAUCAAU